AUGGAGGAAAAGGUUCUUGAUUACGUGUUAGUGCCAGUUGGGCUCGGGGGCAUGCUGGUAUAUCACGUUUGGCUUUUCCAUCAGAUCGUGAAGCUCCCAACUAGCACCGUCAUCGGCAUCAAUGCCAUCAAUCGCCGCUUCUGGGUUCAGGCGAUGAUGAAGGACGCGUCGAAAAAUGGGGUUCUGGCGGUGCAAACAUUGAGAAACAACAUAAUGGCAUCAACCCUGUUGGCAUCGACGGCCAUCAUGCUCAGUUCUGUCAUUGCAGUAUUGAUGACUGGCAUGAGCAGGCAAUGGGGAGGUGAGCAUGAUCAUGAGCCUGAUUCUUCUUCUUCUUCUCCAACGGGGAUGUGGUUUCUCGAUGUGGUGGGAGACAAGAGCCAGCUGGCGUUCUCCAUCAAGUAUUUUAGCAUACUGGUAUGCUUCUUGGUCGCAUUCUUGUUUAACGUUCAGUCCAUAAGGUAUUACAGCCACGCUAGCAUCCUCAUCAACGUCCCCACCGACCACCAUCCCCGCCAAGCGCAUCACUACUGCGUCACUCCUGACUACGUCGCCGCCACUGUGAAUAGGGGAAGCUAUUUCUGGUCGCUUGGUUUGCGGGCCUUUUACUUCUCUUUCCCACUUUUUUUUUGGAUCUUUGGACCCAUUCCUAUGUUCUUGUGCUGCGUUCUUCUCGUUUUCUUGCUCUAUUUUCUGGACCUUACCCUGGAUCUUGGCUGGGUUGGCGGUACGUGUACCCAACAUGAAAUGGAAAAUCCACCCUUCAGGGACGAGAACGACCGAAGCAAUUAA